ACACGGUGCAUUUGACUGGGAGAUCAGCCCCACUCGGUCGUAUCCAUUUCCUGUAUCAAGGGCCGGCUGCCCAUUUUUAAAAUCCCCUUCUUAAAAUCAGGGUAGGGGGGGAAAAACCUCCCAAUUUAGCAGGAGGCUAAAUACAUUGUAACUUGUUAGGCAAAUGUUUUCACCUGCUUGACCAAUUAGCUUCCUCUCCCAGAAAGACUAGUUAAACAGGUUUCCUUUUUCUCGUUCUCAGCCUCCUGGGUUGGGGAAAAAGGCUGUCACUUCACUUCGACCCUCCCCUUCCCUCCCUCUGGGUUCUUCCACACUCGGUCCGACCAAUAGCGCCGGUUCGAACGUGUCCAGGUUGGCGGCCCAAAGAGCCGGCGGGGCCUGGAUGCGCCGAGGGGCGGAGGGCGUGGGGAGGGCACGGCGCGGCUCGCUUGGCUUGCGCCCGGGAGCAGGGAGCCCGGAGGAGGAGACUGGAAGAGCGAGAAGGUCUGAAGGUGCCCUCCAGACACGACCCUGAUGACUGAAAUACAGCAAGAUGUGGAAGACACAAAGCCUGCAAAAGUUCUCGGGAAAAGAGAGAGCAAAGUUGGCUCAACCCACUCAGAGGCUGAGAAUGGCGUGGAGGAGAAGAAGAAGAUCUACAGGUUGCCGACAGCCCAGUCCCCCACCCCAUCCAGCGAGGCUGAGUCCCCGGACCAGAAGAGAGUCAUUUGCCUGUGGUCAAAAUCCGGUUCCGAUGGUACCUCCUCCUUAGCAGGUGAUAAGAACGACUGUAAGACAGAAAGCAAAACUGACUCCAAGGCUGAAAGGAAAAAGUCUUCGUCUUCCAGCCAGUACAAGGCAAAUAUGCACUUUCACAAGUUGUUUCUUGAUGUCCCAACGGAGGAACCACUGAGGCAAAGCUUUACCUGUGCUCUACAGAAAGAAAUACUAUACCAAGGAAAGCUCUUUGUAUCAGAAAACUGGAUUUGUUUUCACUCGAAGGUCUUUGGAAAAGACACUAAGAUCUCCAUUCCAGCUUUCUCGGUAACCCUAAUAAAGAAAACCAAAACUGCCCUUCUGGUGCCAAAUGCCCUGAUUAUAACGACUGUCACAGACAGGUACAUAUUUGUCUCCUUACUCUCCAGAGAUUCAACUUACAAACUACUAAAAUCUGUGUGUGGACACUUAGAUAAUACAAGCAUUGGUAACAGCCCUAAUCCAUCUCCUGCCGAGAACAGUUUCCGACCAGACCGUCCGUCAUCUCUGCCUCUGGAUUUCAAUGAUGAAUUCUCAGAUCUGGAUGGAGUGGUUCGACAAAGAAGGCAAGAUAUGGAAGGAUACAGCAGUUCUGGCUCUCAGACUCCUGAAUCUGAGAACUCUCGAGAUUUCCAUGUGACAGAGUCUCAGACAGUUCUGAAUGUCUCCAAAGGAGAAACAAAACCAGCUUGGGCGGAUGCCCAUGUGAACAGAGUGCCUGAAGGAAAAGCCAAGAGCCUUCCUAUACAUGGUCAGUCAGAAACCAUUGGAGUAUUACACAAAGUAAAGUCUCAGAAAUGUCUGACUCUCCACCACAUUCUUGUAGUUUAUGCAAUUGUUGUCUGUGCGCUAAUCAUCUCGACCUUCUACAUGAGAUACAGAAUUAAUACACUGGAGGAGCGGCUGGGAUUGCUAACCUCCAUUGUGGACACCCAUCGUACUGAAUACAAAACAACUUACAAAAGCUGCUUGAGAAUGGGGACUGACCGACCUGGUUGCUUGGGCCAACGUAAUACCUCACACUUCCCUUUGAAAAAGGUGCUCCCUGAGGCGUUCUGGUGGAGAGCCCCCUGCUGGUCGGAAGAGCUCAUGGAUGGGAAUCCGAAGCCACAUUUGCGCUUGGAGGUCUCCAGCUCAGGAAAAGGGGGGGAGGAAGAGGUUAAUCUUGGUUCCUGUGCAAUAAAGGUUGACCUUGACUCUUCGAGGACAUUUUCAUUGCAGCUGCCUGAAGAAAGCAGUUUUCUGGAAGUCUCCAGGAAGGGCCCACUGGACAUUCUUGGGUGAUAAUGGUUCUGCAGUUUUGGAAGAAGGUGUCAGCAAACACACUCCACUCCCUUCCUUUUUAGUCUUUGCCACCCUCUUUUUCCCUCCUUUUCAUCCCUCAUAACUAACUUUGAAACUAAGGGAUAUAUCACAUACCUAUGUAGCUGUUAAGGUCCUUUAAAGAAGUAGCCCUGACUCUCCAGAAAAAACGGGAAGUGUCUCUAAUGGGCAGGCUUGAGUCAAACAAAUAACAUCCACAUGCUUCCCCCUUCUGCUGUUAUUUUCUGGUUUAAACCUUCUCAAUUAAGUAUUGGCAAGAAAUUCAGUGAAUUAAACUAUCCCGUUUAUGUUUUGUUUUGUCUUGUACCUGUGACUAAUACCUGAUUGGAGUGAUUCUCACUCACCCCAGGUCAGCAAUCCCUGAGGCAUGGAACUGAAGUACUAAAUUAAACUUAACGUUGAAACCAAAACUAAUCUUUAAACCAAAAAGUACAGUAGUGACUUACUAAAGGAUGAAAAACACUGAAUUUUUUAUGAUUGUGAGUGGACUAUGUUAGCAAUGUUAGGAUGUCUGUAUUAAAUGCCGAAAUCCAUUUCAGCAGAAUGAAAGCAUGUUUUUCUCCUUUGCUGCCUAAAAUAAAGAAAUAACUGGUGGUUUGCUAACUUCUAUUUACCAUAAUGGUUGACUGGUUUUUAUUAAUUAUAUAGGGUACCAUAAAAAAAUCUGUAUGUAUAAAAAGAUAUUCGGUUUUCUAUCUGCAAUGUAUUUUAUAAUCAUUUCUAUGAAAUGUAUUUUAUUUAAUCAGAUAAGCUAAUAAGUGAAUUGGUUACAUCAUUUUUAUUUGUUAGCCUACUGGGCAAGAACUGUGCCUGGUGCACUACUAAGCUUUUAAUAAAUGCUCAUUGGUUAAAAUGCCCUGCUAACACUGCAUUUUGUCUGUUUGUAAUUCCUUUAACUAAGACUUAAUAUGCUUUGUAACUGUCCACCUGCUCUCUGUUACUUCUAACUUACUUCCUACUUCUUUCCUCCUGUGUACUCAUUUCAAGGCUUAAAAAUAAUUUAGGCUCUUGGGUUAGAAUGGUAUAAUGAAAAGAAAAUGAACUUUGAAAUCAGAAGCCAACUUUUAUUCCUGGCUCCAUGUUUUAUGAGCUGUAUGACCUUAGACAAGAUAUUUGGCCAUUUUCCCCCAUGUUAUUGAUGAGGCUGAAAGUAUCUACAGAAGUGUCAACGUGAGGGUUAAAUGUGAUAAUGUCUCUAAAGCACGUAGCCACGUCAGGCAAGUAGUAUAGUCUCAUACCGGGUGCCAUUUUCAUUUUUGAAAAUGUCGUGUCUGGCAUUAAAAUUUUACAAAAGUUUUAUGUCAAUAUUCAAAGCCCAUUAGAGAUUCAAGAGUGGGUCAGCCACAUGUGGAGGGCAAAUUUUAGAACUGUAUGAAGAGCCUUAAAAAGGUUCAAAUUUCACUGAAUUAGUAAUCUGCCACUGGGAAUUUAUCCUAAAGCAAUAAUCAGACAUAUGGCCAAAGAUUUAUAUACCAUUUUCUUUGGUAUUAAAUAUAUUUGACAUAUGUAUACCAAACACCAAAACCAGUUGUCUUUGAGACUUGUAUGAAAACAAAAUAUUAGAGAAUCUAAAUAUUGGAUAGUAGCAGAAUGGUUAAAUGAUGCAGCUAUCUUAAAAAUGUAUUUUUGAAGACUGUCAUAGAAAAUAGCCUUAAAGGGGUAGGAUAUAUAGAAUGAUCCAUUUUUAUGAAGAGAACAAUACAUAUAUGUAUGUGUGUACAUGUAUGUAAAUACACAUACAGACAUGCUGAUGGAAGCAUUAAUCUUUCUGUAUUUUCUGUAAUACUUAUUACCUUUUUUAAAUCAGAUAAGGAGUUAAUUAAAAAGACUCUUGGUGACUCUCAGCAGAGACUCAGAUCUUACAGCAGCCACCCCUCACAGCACUGCCCUCGUUGUGCACCACGAACUUCAUAGCAACCACUCCAAGCUGACUCUUCAGAGAGACGAAGCUCCAUCAUUUCUAGGGUUAGCUGUUAUUAUUGGUUUGGGGUUUUUUGUUUGUUUGUUUUUUAUUAGUAGCUCCUGGGUCAAAAUCUGACACAGGUGGAUCUGAAUGGUAAAGUUCAGGUCAUAUGUCUGAAAGCAAGUAUCGGAUUUUUCAGACUCUGCCUCCUAGACAGAAAAGUAGGGAAUUCUAACAUAAGAAGAGGUUUCAGAUGCUGCAUGGCCAAAAUAAUGGCAAAUGUUCACUAUGCACCUUGCCUUUAGAAACUUGGGUAUUACCUUUCUGGAACCCUGGUGGCACAGUAGUUAAGACAGCAGCUGCUAAUGAGAAGGUCAGCAGUUCGAAUCCACCAGCUGCUCCUUGGAAACCCUAUGACACAGUUCUACUCUGUCCUGUAGGGUCACUAGGAGUCAGAAUUGACUCGAUGGCAACGGCUUUUUAUUUAUUUUGGUGAAUAGAAAUUACCCAUCUUAAGUAAACUGGAAAUGCUAUUAUUGAUAUUAACUUUCCAAGCUUUGUAAAUAUUUAAGCUACUUUCCUUCCUAUGGAGCCCUGGUGGCACAGUGGUUAAGAGGUCAUGUUAAUCAAAAGGUCAGCAGCUCAAAUCUACUAGCAGCAUCUUCAAACCCUAGGGGGCAGUUCUACUCUGUCCUGUAGGAUCACUAUGAGUUGCGAUCUGCUUGAAGGCAAUCGGUUUGGUUUUUUAGUUUGGUUCCUUCCUUUACUUCACAGCGCUCCAAGGUGUUUUCCAGGUAUUCAUUUUUCAAUUCUUUGAAACCGUUCCAGACACAUUUUUAAAGUGCCUUUUCCUUAUGUUACAUAACUCAUUUCUAUUCAUAAAUUCAUGGAUUCAGGGUAAAAAAAUUUGACUUAAAUUGUGGGUCAUCCUGUACGUUGUUAUUUUGAUUUAUGUAUAAUAAUGGCAGAACUCAGGUGAUGCUGUUCAGGUUUAUCUGUUUGUGCCGGGUAAUCUCAAGAAUGUAGACACAUAUUAUUAGCCCAGGCAAUUUUCCUGUCAAAAGCAUUUUUCUAAGUCAAAGUUCUACAGAUCUAUAAUAGUUAUGCCAUCAUUUUGGGUCAUAACCUGGUCCUCUAAAAAAACAGUCUGGUAAAAUAAUAUUCCUCUCACUCUUCGUUUAAGCCUGCCCCUGCUAAUGAUGAUGAUUUACUAAAUUCUUGCCAAAAAAAAAAUCUGAGUCAUUAGGUGAAGCAUCUUUGACUGCUGUGUCUCCAGUACUUCUCUGUUGUGUCCAGAUGCCUUUUCUCCUUUGAAAAAGUAGAGACCUGACUGACUCAACGGCAACUAACAACUUUAUGUUUAAACUAACUUACAUACCCAGUGUCCACCCUACGAAUAAUCCCAGUAUAUACAGUAAUGAAAAAUGGGAGGAGAAUGUAAGCCUUGCUUCCCGCAAAGUCACUGGCUCAGUGGGUUUUGGUGAACUACACAACCCAUUCUCCUUAAAUCUUUAAAAAUUCCACCAGAAAUUCUCACUUUCAGUGUUCUUGCUGGAAAUGACCUUGAUUAUACAAAGCCUUCUGAUAACACGGAAAUGAGAGAGCCUGUCAUACAAGGCAACUCACAUCCUCCUGUCCUGCCACUACAGCACCUAUUUUUAGCCAUGGUAGCAUGCCUUCCCCAGUAUCCAGAAAUCUACAGUUAUGUGUUGAGAAUGUUGCUUGUUCUGUUGCUGAUUGACUCUAGACUAAAUGUGCAUAUAGUUUUUUCAACUGUAUGUAAAAGUGCAUUUUGUUUUGUUUUCAUUCCUUCUGUCAUAUGAUGUCCUGUUGCCAUGGAUUCCAACUCAGUGACCCUGUAGGACAGAGUAGAACUGCCCUAUGUGGUUUCCAAGGAGCAGCUGUGGAUUCGAACUUCCCACCUUUUGGUUAGCAGCCAAGCCCUUAACCACUGUGUCAUCAGGGCUCUGCCUCAUAUGAUAAUAGGAUGGUAAACUGGCCAAUAAUCUCUGGACUCAAGCAGUGUAGGCUCUUCAACCCCCUGCCCCUCAUUCUUGGCCCUGACCAGACAGAAAUCCCAUCACCCCUUCUCUCCUUUUCCAUUCCAGGGUUAUGUUAAACUCUAUUCCUUCCUGUCUGCACAUAUAUGGGCUAUAUAUAGUAUUAUAUAGUAUAUAAUCUUGCCUGUGACCUAGUUGGAAUUGCUUGUCCCAAGAUGAAAGCUACUUUCCUGAGAGUGCAAUCCGAGGCAGUAGAAGUAGGAGGGAAGUAGCUUUGUUUGCUGCUAAAGGGAAUAUUUGUGAAGUUUUCGUCUACCAGCAUCAUCCUAACAGCAUCCUGAUUUGUUUUAACUUUUAACACCUUUACUUAACAACUUUUAACACCUUUACUUAACUUUUAACACCUUUAUAUUUACUAAGUAAUCCCCUUACAACCCCUCCUGACACCCCCACAUCCGCAAGCAGUCACUGAUCUGUUUUCUAUCACUAUAGACUAGUUUUCAUUUUCUAAAAUUUCAUAUAAAUGAAACCAUACAGUAUAUAAUCUUUUUUCCAUCUGGAUUCUUUCACUCAGUAUAAUUAUUCUGAGAUUCAUUUAUGUUGUCACAUGUUUUAAUAGUUCAUUCUACUUUUUUUCGAAACAGUAUUCCUUAAUAUGCAUAUAUGCCACAAUUUGUUUAUCCAUUUACUUGUAGAUGGAUGUUUGGGUUGUUUCUAGUUUUUGCCUAUUACAAAUAAAGCUACUAUGAACCUUGCCAUGCAAGUCUUUGUACAGAUGCACGCUU